GCCGGUGCGGAUGUUCUGCAGCAAAAAGCCCUCCCGGUUAAACCGCGGGAUAACUCCCUAAAUGAAUUGGUCAUUCAGUUUCUGGAGAACUUCCGCCAAUCGAUGGUCUGUGGCAACCCGGAUCUUGGCAUUCCCGUACUGGCUCCGUUCGAGCUGGAACACGCCGAGGUGGAGAUCAAGCAGAAGGGACUUGAAUUCAAGGGAGAGCUGAACAACGUGAUCGUCAAUGGGUUGAACGAGUUCGAAAUCAAAAACAUCGACAUCAAGGUGCUAAAGUUGCAGCUGGACUUCGAGCUUUACUUCGGUGCCAUUCGCACCAAGGGAAAGUACAAGGCAAAGGGCAAGGUACUCGGCCUGUUUCCCUUCAAUCGGUUUGGCUCGUUCCGGUUCGAUGCUAAGGGUCUUACGGUGAAGGGUAGCGCAAAGGUUGGCAUCAGUGGCGAUAAGCUGCAGAUACGCGACUUGAUCAUUACCCCAACGGUCAAGUCGGUCCGGUCGGACGUGAAAAACAUUUUCCUGAACCCGAUCACUAACUUCACGUUCAACCGGAUCGUGGAGGGCAUCGUGCCUGGACUGAUCAACAACAACCAGCAGGAGAUAACGCAGAUGAUUGAGCAGAGGCUGAAACCGGCGAUCAAUGAAAUGCUGGGCGACAUCUCGCUGCAGGAUCUGAUCGAUAUGGUUUCCGGCGGGGGUGGUUCGGGACCGGUGACUUGCUAG